ACAGCGUCAGCUCUGAGUCGACAUCUGAAAAAACAGUAUCGACACCCCCUCAGCACUUUUGACUUUCUGCCCUUUCUUUUUGCGAAUUAAUUUGAGAAGUACAAGGCAGUCUUCUCAACGGUUCGACAGCAAUAUAAAAGAGUUCGCCAUGGCUCGCACUGCAACGUUACUAGUCUGUCUCCUACUGGCAAUAACAAGUGUGGUUUCUGCGCUAGACGUACAUGGAAGAAUACAGUGGAAUGACUUGUGUCCCAAUUUCGGCGCACUUGGUGCUUCCAAAGUACUUCUGGACGCCGGUAGGCUAUCUGCUACUGUCACGCAGAAUGGGACAUUUCUGAUGCGGGACGUCGUACCAGGAACAUACGUGCUAUCUGUAUCCUCUCAUGAUUAUAUAUUCGACCAAUUGCGUCUAGAGGUUUCCGACUUAGAUUCGCCGCCGAAAGUCUGGUCGUACGUCCUGGGCACUCCUUUGGUUUCACAAUCAUCCGUAACGCUUCCCUAUCCUGUUACUUUCAUGGCACGACACAAAUACAAAUAUUUCGUCCCACACGAGUCUUUCAACCUGAUGGGAAUGUUCCAGAACCCUAUGAUGCUGAUUGCGGUGCUCACAGGAGUUAUGAUGCUCGGCAUGCCAUAUCUCUUAAAAACCUUGGAUCCCCAGAUGCUUGAAGAGGUUAAGGAUCGUCAUGCGAGUCUCAACGGCAAUUCUAACUCUGGGCAGAAUGGUCACAAGAAAUCGGAGUUGUCUAUGCUUCUUAAUUCUGACGAAGAACCAAAGAGUUCUUCAGUGGCUCGACUACAGGCGGGUACAUCUCCUCAGCCCCGAAAUCGCAGCAAAGCCAAUAAGAGAAGAUGACGAUGUGCUUUCUCAUGAUUAAGUACAAUAUAACAUGCAGGUACUAUAGAAUACAGCUGGACAAAAUGAUACCCGCUCAAUGAUCAAAUGUCAAAUAUUGUGUUCAUUGAGAACACGACGCAACACCGUAUUUCUCUGCUUGAACUUAGCAAGAGCGGCCUGUGGGUUCUGCAAGCUACCAUUUGAAGACUCGAGCAUGUUCUUCUGAUCACUAGUACUAAUCACAUCCAAAACAUACAUCUUGUCAUUUCCACUUGAUUCCUCCGUAUCAGCACCAGCUCCAGGUGCAUCAGAAACCUUGAAAUUCCCAACAGCGAAGCUCUGAGAUAUGCUUCUGACUGUCGGUGUGGUGUCUGGGGUAGUAUCGUGGUUAAGGAUUAUAACAUGUUCGUCGGAAGACUGCGGUAGUAGAAAGAGUGGUGAGUCGUCGGUAUAGUGGUAUUCGACGACUGGAUGGCCUAGAGUGCUUGAAACUGGCCCUGGGCUGCUGCUGUGAAGUGAUGAUUGGGAGACUAACACGUAAUACGGGGGUUCUAACGUCGAGCCCAUCCCCAGUGCUUUGGACGUAUCGAAAAUGUGAACCUUGAUCAGAGGUCUCGUUUCGUCACAUCGCAUCC